AUGGCUUUGGCGUCUGAAACUAAAGAAGUGAUCGUGCUGAAGCAGACGCAGGAAAAAGAUUUAACCUAUGUGAUGAAAUCUUUGUUUGCGGGUGGUGUUGCUGGUAUGUGUUCAAAAACGGCUGUUGCUCCUUUGGACCGAAUAAAAAUAUUGUUACAAGCCCAUAACAAGCAUUAUGCAAAUUUCGGAGUGUUUAGUGGUCUUGCUGAAAUUGUUAAACGUGAGAGUUUUAUAGCAUUAUAUAAGGGCAAUGGUGCUCAAAUGGUGAGAGUUUUCCCAUAUGCUGCUAUUCAAUUCACUUCAUUUGAAUUCUACAAAACACUACUGGGAUCCAUUCUUGGGAAUGGUUCACAUAUUGGAAAGUUUGUGGCUGGUUCAUCAGCUGGAGUUACAGCAGUUACCAUCACAUAUCCUCUAGAUACAAUUAGAGCACGAUUAGCAUUUCAAGUAACUGGUGAACAUGUUUACAAUGGGAUUGUACAUACAGCUAAAUCCAUUAUCCAAAAUGAAGGAGGAGUAAAAGCUUUAUAUCGUGGUUUUGUUCCUACAUUAUGUGGUAUGGUACCAUAUGCAGGUUUAACAUUCUUCUGUUUUGAAACUAUUAAAAAAUUUUGUUUGAAAACAUUACCAAAUUGGUUUAGUAAACCAUCUGACAAAGAUUCUGGUGGUGCUGUGCUUACUAUACCAGCAAAAUUAUUAUGUGGUGGUUUAUCUGGUGCACUCGCGCAGUGCGUUUCUUAUCCAUUGGAUGUAACAAGAAGAAGAAUGCAAUUAUCAAGCAUGGAUAACAAUGCAAAAUAUGGACAUGGUAUGAUCAAGACCUUAGUAACAGUUUAUCGUACUGACGGUGUUACAAACGGAUUAUAUCGAGGCAUGAGUAUUAAUUUUAUUAGAGCUGUACCUAUGGUAGCUGUGUCAUUUUCUACUUACGAAUUAAUGAAACAGACUCUGCACUUAGAUACUGGAGUUGAUUCCUGAAUACAUUUUUAGCGACCAAUGAAUCUGUUUAGACCUAGAUUUUUUAUUAGAUUACAAUAUUUAUUGUUUUAAAAUAUAGUUAUAUUAUUUUUUUUAAAUUUAUUUAUUGUUGAAAUUAAAAUAAAUUAUUUUUUCAGAA